AUGGCUUCGUUUUCAGGCAGCGGCAGAGGUGGCUGGGCUCCACGCAGAGGGCGAGGCCGCGGAGGAAGAGCGCCUCACUUCGCAAAGAACAGAGAGCAGCCAAAACCGGAUCUCCAGACACAUCCGCUUGGAGACCCUGUGAAAGUGUUUCGCAGCUCCGAUCUGAGUCUGAAACCAAUCGACUCGGCGGAGAUAUCGAAUUGCCAACAUGUCGCGUCGUACAACUGGCUCAAUGACGAGGUACCUACCAUCGUCGUUCCAGGUAAACCUCCUCGCUGGACACCACUCCAAGCCCCACAGCGUUUGAAAGAAGACGACGGACAGUACUUUCGCGACCCCAAUGCUGCAAAGUAUCCCGACUUCCCCAUGGCACCCGUCGUACAUGCUAUUACAGAGACCGACCCCGAAUUCGAUGCUACGAACACCGAUGUCUUCGCAUGCGGAAGCACCCUUGGCAACCUCCUGCGCUUCGCUCGUGGUGUCGACAAAGCCUUUCGGUUUAACAUCGAGGUCAUUGGCGAGACUGUCUUCUUUGUACGGAAAGAGAACGACCCCAAAGAAGUUAUCAAGGAUAUCAGAGGCUUUGGUCAUACGUUUCCAGAAGCAUACACCACAUGGGAGCAUAGUGUCAAGGGUUCUGAGACACACCAGCGCAUCAUACGAUAUGAGUUUGGCGGCUUGGAGUGUCUUGUACGCUUCGAAAGCGACGGCUACAUUGAUGACUCCCUAGCAGUCCGUGAUGUCGCGCCCGCACAGACUGCUGGGGACCAAGAUGAGCUUCUGCAAGCAUUCCAGCAAGCAGCCAUCGGCCGUUCGCCCAGCAACGCAAUGGGUAAGCCGGAAGAGCUCAAGAUCGAACACCGCGGAUCUACAGUACCGCAUCACUCCAUCUUUGACCUGAAGACCCGCUCAGGCAAAUACAAGAAACCCAUCGACAUGACCGACAUCUACCCGGCGCUCUGGAUGAAACAGAUAUCCAACUUCAUCGUUGCCUACCACGACGGUUAUGGCCUCUUCGAAGACAUACAGGUACAAGAUGUCAAGAGCGAUGUGCGAGCCUGGGUCCGAGAGAAUAGAGACGGUAUCCGCCGCUUCGCAACACUCCUCAAUGAGAUCGUUGACAUCGCCAAGAGCAGCACAAACAAGUUGCUCGAAGUGUAUUGCCCCGGAGCGGAUCGCCUAGAGAUCCGAAAACAGUAUGGGGACGGCGUACACGCCUUGCCUGCAGAUUUGGUCGACAGGUGGGAGAAGACGGGGUUUAGUAUUUCCUCUACUCAGGAUGAUGCUUCGGAUGAGGACGAUUACAAUGAUGGCGGUGUCGAUAUUGAUGCGAGGUAUGAGCUUGGCAGUGGCUGCGACGACGAUUCAGGUUCUGAGCCAGACUACACUGCGUGUUCUGCUGACGACUCAAGACUUGCUUCAGUCAACGAGGAGAACAAGAAGCAGAUCGGCAAGGAUGCUGCCGUCAUCUACCGGGACGAGCUGGUACCGAGGCUGCAGCAUAUACAGGAUCUCAACUCAGCCCUGCACAGCUUCUUACAGAAAACCUGCGUCGUCCCUGCCAACGUCAGCAACUCAGAGCUAGAGAAAUUCCAAGAGAAGGUUAAGGAUCAAGAAUAUCUCUACCAAACAAUUGCGAUGCUCUCUACCCAUGUGCAAUCGAUCAGAAUGGAGUUGCAACAUCUGGGCGCGCAAGUCGGGGCGGCCCUCCUUUUGACCGACUUCGAUCAGGGAUACUUCGCCCAGUGGGAUAUUGACAAUCGAACCCCAUACCCGCUCACAGCCGCCAUUACUAAUGCCAGGCGAGACAUCGCCCAUAUUCCAGGCGUAAACAAUGUCUACGACGAGUGA